GACUGCUGCAGUAAAUGAAGGGUAUUUCAGGAGUGCAUGCCUGCCUGUGAUGAACGUUCCAUCUGUCACAGCUGAGUAAAUGUCUUACUGAUACCUGAAGAACAGAUGCUAUGGGUGCAUUUCAUGUGGCUUGGAAGAAUUUCUUAGAUAUCUUAUAGCUGAUGGACAACUAACACUACUGCCGCUUUAACUACUGUAAUGGAACAUCACCUUGCCAGUGCCAGAAUCCCAAUAAACUGAAUGUACAGACAUGUACCUACACCAGAAAAGAUCAUUAAAAUCUCAGCCUUUCUGCUAAUAAUAUAUAUUAGAGAAACCAUGGUCAGUAAAGAAGCCAGCAAAUGUCUUCUCACAAAUUCUGAAACGGAGGCUGAGGCAGCAGCUUCACUGGCUUUGGAGAUGAAGUACUCACUAGAUCCUAAUCGACAAAUUAGAAAAAGAAAUAAAGCCCUACAGGUAAGAUUUAAGGACAUCUGCGAGGCUCAGAAUGAACAGAGGGACUCAGCCCAACAAUCUGAUCGAAAAAGUACAAAGUCCAUCUCUUACAAAGCUGCUUAUCGGAAGUAUAUGACAGUACCUGCAAGGAGAUCAAUACCCAAUGUCACAAAAAGUACGGGGGUACAGACUUCACCUGAUCUUAAAAAACGCUAUCAAACGUUUCCUUUUGAAAGGAAAAAAGGACAUGUCAUUAAGAAUGCAUCCGCUGUGGAAGGCUUAAAAAAUCACGACAAUGGAUUUGUAAUCGACAUUAAGGGUAAUAGAGACAAAGAAAGCUCAGGGGAAGCUAUUCAGUGCAGUAGGAAGGUCAGCAAUCAAAAACAAGGAGCUUUGACUUCACAUACUAAUGAAUGUAUGAAUGCAAUAGAUCAGCAUUCCUCUGGCAGCUGUUCUGAUGGAACUAAGUGCACCAAUUCUUCAUUGCAAAGAUUUACUAAAGAGGCGGAUUGUUUUCCAGAAUUGGCAGAAACUGGUUUAAAGGAGCCUGAACAUCAUCUCUGCCAUUCUCGAACCAGACACCACAAAAGGCCAUCACAAACCAAUCAAGAUCAGACACGCCUUGCACAAUUAUGUUUGCUGAAUUCUGACGAAGCCUCCGUUACACAUGUAAUUGAGACAGACUCCAAAGUUUCAGGGCCUAUUGCAUGGAAUGCUUUGACAGAGGUUGAAUGUUUGGACAGUCCAUCAACAAAUGAAAAGCGCAAAAAAGCAGUGCAACUCAAUGGACUGCAAUCGCAAACACUUAGCACUCAGGCCUGCUUGAUACAAAGUCAGUGCCAGUCAAGCCAAUGUAAUGAACAACCUCUUAAGACACAUGCUUCACCCGCCAAGGACAAUCAGUCCUGUCAAAGAUCAAUGGCUCUGAGUGAGACAUGCCAGCAGAUUGUGCCAGUUACACAAGAUGGGGACCUAAAAGCACAGCUCCAGGUGAUGGAAAACUUGAUCAGCUCCAGUCAGGAAACAAUUAAGGUGCUGCUAGGUGUAAUUCAAGAGCUGGAGAAGGGAGAAGCUCACAGAGAAGGCCUCUCCUAUCGAACUGGACAAGACACAGCUAACUGUGACACCUGCCGAAACAGCGCUUGCAUUAUUUACAGUGUUGAACUUGACUUUAAGCAACAGGAGGAUAAACUUCAACCGGUUUUGAAAAAGCUUUGUCCUAUUGAAGAAACUCAGGUUCCCUCUCUGCCUUAUUCACAGGAAGGAUUUACUUCAACACCCAAGAAAAAAUCAAAAACUGAAUCAAAGAAACAUGCAAGGUGGAAACUUUGGUUUCUUUAAAAUGAAGAAAGUAUAUUAAAACUAUCUGUAAUCUCACACCUUCAUUCAAAUGGGCACACGGCUGUCAAGUACAAUAAUCAAGGAGAUCAAGUAUUUAAUGGAUCUGGAUAUCCAACAAGGAGCCAUGAAACAUCUUGCAAAAAGCAUACAACCUUGAAAACACUUGAUUUUUGUCAUGUUUACCAAAAAGCAUUUAAACUUAUAAAGAACUUACAAAUGCAAAGUGCUAAAUUGUAUCAUUCUAAGUGGCAAAACCACAAAUUGGGAAGUAUUAUAUCUCCUUAUAUCCCGUUAGCAAUUUGUUUGUUUGUUUACUGAAUCCUGCAAAGCCAAAUGCUGUUAACUUAUAUGAAUGCCACAUUUUCUUUUUUGCAUAUGCUAUUAUAUUUCAAUCUUCCCUUAUACGUUUGUCAGGUUUAAGUCUUGAGCUUGCUUACAUUGCUUUAAUUCUUCCAAAAGAAAUCUGGAUUUUUAAGAAUGCUCCAACAAAAAUAAAAUCUAAGCAAAGCACAAUUUUUUUUUAAUUUUGAUAACCUUCAAACCAAAUAAUAAAACAGACGUUAUUACAACCAUGUGGUUAUAGUAAAUUGUAAUAAGUCAAAGGUCCUUACUGAUUUACACAAGUAUCAUCAGAGACAUGACAUACUCUAUUUACAGCUCAUCAUGACAUGUGAAACUGUCACUGAUCUCCUAAAGUAGAGACAUGCCUUUUAUCAUUGCAAGCUGGCAGGGUCAAGCUGCAAGACAGAAACUAUUCUAAAGGGCAAAUGAUUUGUUUCUCAGACAUUUUCUAACUUGGCAAUCUCCUGCUGUAUUAUAGUUACACAAAAAUAAUUAUUUUUAUACAGAAAAUGUGUGUAUAUAAUACACAUAUAUAACCAACCAUCCACAUAAAUAACUGUAAUUUAAGCAGUUAAGGGUAGAACACACAUUAAUUCACCACAAUAAUAAAAUAAUCAUACUUAUACUUUAAAAAAAGAGGUAUUUUAUGAUUUUUGCUUAAUUACAUAUCCAUCGCACACACACAAUGCAGCAUGAUAAUGAGAUCAUUAGAACUGAUAAAUGCAAACGAAAAAAAUCUAUGACAAUAUAUGAGAUAUAAGAAAGUAAAUAAAUAUAUAUUGAUUAAUAAAAUCCUAAUGAAACAGCUUCUGUUCUUAGGGGUAAUUCAAUUUAAUCAAGUACACGAUAGUAGACUUGAAAAUGUAUACAUGUAAGUAUAAAUAAAAUUUUAAAAAGAGCAUAGAAAAUAAUGUGAGCAGAUUAUAUUGAGGCCUUUUUAAAGGUUAGAAACAAGAACAAUUAAUUACUAUUCAUUAAAUAAAAGUCUGGAAUAUUCAACUGUACUUGGGUGUUACAAUAGAGUAGUAUACAUUUUUGCUUUGAUCUUCUUCAUGAAUCCUGCAAAUCCUGCAAUUAGCUUUACAAAAACUGCUGGUGUAGCAUAGUAUAUACUGGAUAGCAAAGUUUUGUAGCAAACACAUUAAAAUAAUUCUACUUAGAAGCAGAAAUUACAUUUUAAACCAGAAAUGGGAAAAUUCAAAUUUAAAUUGUUUAAUGUAAAAGUGUUUAAAACUAUAUUUAAAAACAUAUUUACAAUGUCAGAUCUUAUUUUCUCAAACACUCUGCUAUUAAAGUAAAAAUAUACUAGCAAAUACAAACAGAAAAAGACCAAUGCACCGAGAGGAUUGUGAUCAUAACUGAUAUAUUUUUCAAUUGCAAAUGUAUAAAACAUUUAAUAAGCCACUAAAACACCAACAAGAACGCCUUAGUCAAAAAAUACUCAAUACAAUGAAAACAUUCAGUUCCAAGCAUAUAUGAUACAAAUUAUCACUGUUCAUUAUUAUUAAUUGCCUUCUUAUGUCAGCUAAUUUAACAGUUAACUAGUAAGUAUUGGUAAAAAAUAUAUUCUGACUAAUUUAACUAACAGAGGCUUUUAUAUUGUGAUUCACAUGUUAUUAAUUUACCCUUACUUACAACACUACUUUGUACUGAAGAAGAUACAGUUAAAGUAAAAUAAUCAGAAUUCGGUUUCCUUGGGUUUCUUUGGAUCAAGACAGAAACACAUCAAAUAAAGAGACUACAGGAACUUAAAACAAAUACUAUACCAAACAACCACAGAGUCAGCAAAAAAACUGAACAUGUAAGUGUGGAUGGUUGCAUGCUUUGCCUCUUAGCUGUGAGGUGCCUCACAGACAAGAGACAAAUAUUUUAUGAAUAAUCCUAUUUAAAAUAAAAAAGUUGGAACUUUUGUGAAAUUGAGGGUCUUGAGAUCUGAAGCAGGAAGAAAUUAACCUGCAUUAUAUUACUUCCUAUGGGAAAAUUAUGUUCAUGUUACAUUUGCAAAUGGUUUCUAAGAAACCAAUUCAUUCGUAAUUUCGGGCAAAGCCUGUAUCUAAUUGUUUAACUAUAGAUAAAGAACAAAAAUAGCUCAAUAUCAAUACGUUAAACCCUGCAAAUCCAAACAUGUUUUUUUUCAUAAUAUGGCUAAAUUGUGUUUUUGACUUUUGUUUAUCAGGUGAUGCAAUUAAUUUUUUAAAAGCAACAGGAUUACUGAUUUAUAUUAUUACAGCAUUAUGCAUUAAACAUUAUGAUUUUCAUUUAAAAAUUGCAACUGGAAUCGUUAAAUCUGCAGUACAUUACAAAAUGUCUUCCCCCAUCAUUAUGCAGUCCAUUAAGAAUAAAGACCAGACUUUUCCUUUCCA